CAAACCAGGAAUAUCAAGGACUAUUAAGUAAAAAACCUCAUGUUACAUUCAUAUUUACCAAAUAAUUUAUUUCUGCUCAAGAAUGGGAAAAGAACGUUUAGGCUAAAGGCUAAUGCUACCCAUUUCGUUGUUGUACCUAUAAGACAACUCUUUUUUUUUUAAACUAAUUUAACUUCAUUCACCACUUAUAAGUGUCCUCUUGCAAAAAUAUAUAACAUUUUAUAUAGCAGUUAACAAAAGUAGCUUACAUUUUGUAUUUCUUUUCGUAGUUUUAUUAUUGUUUACUGUGUCGUAAUUUACAGUAAUUUAAAACCAAUACAAAGUAAAUUAAUACAAAAUAAAAAAUGUGCUCUCGUCAAUUUUUAAAGAAAGCUUGUGGUUUUUUUAUUUCAGUUCAGGAUAGGCAAGAUGGAUUUAUUGUGAAACAGAUAGGCCUAAUAAAAUAUCAAAGGUAGGCAUAGGCUACACAAGGUAAAUAAAUGAAAAAAAAUUGCAAAAUGUCUUGAACACAGUAAAAGCCUUCAAAAUUGUCAAUAUGUAUAAAUUAAGCCUGAGUAAUGACCACACAUCAAGAGAAAAAUGAUAUGAAAUGAAAUUAUAACGCUAUUUCUGAUCACGUUUUUAUUUGAUCCUUUUAUUGACUCACUCCGUUGUUAAUGACGUCAUUCCCAUUCCUUCCCCUCCUUUUUAAGUGUUACAGAGGAGAUACAGUGUGACCACUUUGGCCAAGAGCGACACAGCGACAACAUUAGGGAUUACCUUUCUCGAAUUGGUAUUAGCAUUUACUAAUCCCAAUAGGGCUAAUUGCUUUGCGUGUAAAAUUGCAAUCUCCAGGCUUCGUGUGAUGUGGUAUGGCCUGGAGGGUGAUGCCCCCUCAUCUUAAAUACACCUCAUUAACGCACUGAGGAUUUACAAGUUAUCUAAAGAAGAAAUCAACGGGGUGAAUUGCUUCCCGCUAAAUUAAAAGGGAAUUAUGUUUUACAUUAACAUUAAAGCAGGAUUCGUAAAACCCUUUUACAUUUUGCGUAUAAUGUUUCGAAAUAUAAUUAAUUAGCCAUCAACCAUUAAAGAGCUAAUACACAUGACCAAACAGGCCUAUGACAAUGUGAGUCUAUAAAAAUAAAAAGCCUAUAAAUCAAGCUGUCCAGUUUUUUAUUAUUUUGUAGAAAAAUGUUGUGUGAGCGUUUCAACACCGAAAGUUUGUUCGGCUAUUGUCCGGUCGUGUCAUUAGCGGUGGCCACUGCUGAAUCACGAAAGAAUAGUGGGGUUUUCAUACUUCAACAACAAAAAAAGACUCAACCAUGGAUAAGAGCUAAUUUGUCAAACCAUCUUCUGGAGUGAGACUCCGCAGGGCCCAUCGGGACAGUGUUGUUCAUUAUCCUUUUCCAUUGAGACUUCUUUUUACUCCUCGGCAGUGUCGUUUGUCUCUUUUUUUGUGACACAGUCAGGGACGCGAUGGCUCCCAUGGGGCUCUCAUUCACCUCUACAUCGUUUAUGGAUGAGCUCUGGCUUUGCUUAACUUUCCACGUUUCGUGAAAAACGAAUGCAAUGCCACCGUUUUCAAAAUUCAUGCGCACACCCAACCCAUAUCCUCCCAUACAUUGGGCAGUUUUGAAACUGAGAACAGAAACGAUAAAGGCGAUAAAGGCUGUAAAACUAGUGGACGGUGAAAUGACGGCAAAAGUGCGGCCGCGUGGACACGGGGGUCACCUCCACGCUCAGAUAAGGUGGCAAAGCGUUGUGCGAGUGCGAGAGUGUCAACAAAAGCACGUGGAGAGUGUUUGCGUUUGUUUUACUGGGACCAUUUGCAAGUGCACUUAAUGCACAGAGCAAACAGGUUCUCCUUUUGAAUCCACAGCUGUCAACAGGUUGCUUUCUUUUAUCAGUGUCAUGGAGGACCCGAUCUCUCAGGACUUAAAAGCCUCGUGCACCCCACUAUUUACUCAGUAAAUCUCUAAGUAUUCGGUAAAGACGGAUUGUGAUUUUCGUAGAACCGAACACCCCGUUGUGGGGAAACUGGGAACACGUCCGUGUAAUUACAACAUUCCGUUGUAGACACCUUACAAUAUGCACACAUUUCAUAUUGAUUGAAUUAUUCAGCAACCCUGUUUAUAUAAACGCAUGAUAAAAUGAACAUUUCAAUGUAAAGAGUGAUAUGUGACUUUCGCCAUGUUUUACAUUUCGCACCAGGCAUACAACGUAAAACAGAAAGGAUCAAAGAAACACAGCCCUGAAUGGGUUAAAGCACAUCCAUUCCCGUUAUUUAUUAUGGUGUGAUUUAGGCAUCGCAUCCAAUAGAAACGAACUGAAUACUUCAACAUUGCAUUAAGCAAUAUUGAGUGCGCUUGAGAGGGGGCGCUCAGCAUUUACAUGCUCGGACUGAUGAGUUGAUUCAAACGCGCCCUGUUUUACGCACUAAGGGCCUGUUUUGUGCUGACAGCGGGUCAGCGCUUCUCUAAUGGGCCGGUUAAGAGCUGCGACCGGGAAAAGACAGACUAAUGCAUCAUUACUAUCACCAAUCAGCAUAGGUGUGUUCAACCCCGGCUCCCUACGACCCUCUCCCUCUCUCUGUCGUGCGCCUUCACUUUCUCACUCCCUCUCUCGCUCAUUCACUCACUCACACACUAACGAGGGAGCACACACACUCUCGGCUCCUGCUCAGCCUUGACAUCUCCGCUCACUGUCAAUCUGUGUCUCCUUCGCAGGGGAUUCCCUUUCAGAGAGAUUCACGCUGGAAAACUAUACGUUUUGAGAAGACACGGUUGGACAUCCAUUGUUUAUUAUUUAGUUUUGCUGUUUCGCCUGGAAGGGCUCUGGCGGUGGAACAGAAUGCCUCAAAAAGAAUACCAUAACCAACCCACGUGGGAAUCUGGAGUGGCCUCCAUGAUGCAAAACAGUCACAGCGGCGUCAACCAGCUCGGCGGGGUCUUUGUGAACGGCAGACCCUUACCGGACUCCACCAGACAGAAAAUCGUUGAACUCGCUCACAGCGGAGCGCGACCCUGCGACAUCUCCAGGAUUUUACAGACCCAUGAUGAUGCAAAAGUCCAACUGGACGAUAAGAACGUGUCGAACGGCUGCGUGAGUAAGAUUCUGGGGAGAUAUUAUGAGACCGGCUCCAUACGACCGCGAGCUAUUGGAGGCAGCAAGCCGAGGGUAGCGACGCCUGAAGUGGUCAGCAGAAUAGCACUGUACAAGAGGGAGUGCCCCUCUAUCUUUGCCUGGGAAAUUCGGGACAGACUACUGUCCGAGGGGGUUUGCACCAACGAUAACAUACCCAGCGUAUCGUCGAUAAACCGAGUCCUGCGCAACCUGGCGAGCGAAAAGCAACAGAUGGGGGCAGAUGGCAUGUACGACAAGCUGAGGAUGCUCAAUGGGCAGACCGGCACGUGGGGGACGCGCCCGGGAUGGUACCCCGGCACGUCUGUGCCAGGGCAACCGAAUCAAGAUGGCAGCCAAAAGCAGGACAACGGUGGCGAGAACACGAACUCUAUUAGCUCCAACGGAGAAGAUUCGGAUGAGACUCAAAUGCGACUGCAACUGAAAAGAAAGCUGCAAAGAAACAGAACGUCGUUCACGCAGGAGCAGAUCGAAGCUCUUGAAAAAGAAUUUGAAAGAACCCACUAUCCCGAUGUUUUUGCGAGAGAAAGACUUGCGGCGAAAAUUGACCUCCCAGAAGCAAGAAUACAGGUGUGGUUCUCCAACAGAAGAGCCAAAUGGAGGCGAGAAGAGAAACUGCGGAACCAGCGAAGACAAGCCAGCAACUCCUCCAGCCACAUUCCCAUCAGCAGCAGCUUCAACACCAGCGUCUACCAGGCCAUCCCACAACCCAGCACUCCUGUAUCUUUUACAGCAGGAUCAAUGCUAGGCAGACCAGACACGGCCCUGACCAACGCAUACGCCGGUCUACCUCCAAUGCCGAGCUUCACAAUGGCCAACAACCUUCCUAUGCAACCAAGCCAGACAUCUUCCUAUUCCUGCAUGCUGCCCACCAGUCCGUCAGUGAAUGGGCGGAGCUACGACACUUACACCCCCCCUCAUAUGCAGGCACACAUGAACAGCCAAUCAAUGGCAACUUCUGGUACCGCCUCAACAGGACUCAUCUCCCCGGGAGUCUCAGUCCCCGUUCAGGUUCCUGGAUCUGAACCCGACAUGUCUCAGUACUGGUCAAGAUUACAGUAAAGAAAAGAGUUACUUCGCCCUGUGACUUCCUCACUGAGAGACUAAGAGAGACGAGCAGUAUUCCACAAACACACACCGAAAAUUUGAGGCACUACCUUUACUGUGACACAACAGCGGAUCCCGGUUUCAAAGAACUUUAAUGGAACAAGAACGACAAACCACUGCUACAUCCACAUGUUUAAUAUCCAGUUUUGUUGUAUUUGUACAUGGGCAUUCGUAUGUAAAGACAAUGAGAGACACUAAACAGCCAAAAAAUACGCGGGUCUUUCAUUUAAUCGAAAUGGAAGAACACAAGUCAAUGCAACUGUUUUCUGAUGACCUUAUAUCAGGAUUAUGGGUAUCCAUACAGUAUGCCACCCUGGAGAGAGCGCCUCUGUUCGCCCACUUGAUUUUUUCACUUUUUUAGAGUUACCCUCUAUAAGGACGAGGCUCAAGUCAACGUACCCACAAAGGAUUCAAUUGACCGUGCACAAUAUUGUAUCUAUAAAGGAACAACAGCCAUUAUGUGAACACGUUGCAGUUCUGCGUGUGAGGGUUCGGAGCAAAACCUUUGCGGGGUAAACUGAUGCUCGGAGGCUGUUUUGUGUUUGAUCAUUUAUAACUGUAAAGAAAAAGCAAGAAAUCUGCAGGCUGCACCACAACAAUGACUCGUUUGAGACUGUUCAAUUGUAAGUCUUCUUUGUCCGCAAAAAUCACACAGAAUUGCGAAACUUCAAUAUCUUCUCAUUUUUAAUGCCCCGUAAAAAUCGCUAAAUGUUUCACACUGAUUUUCAUACGUCAGUAAAAAGGAAAAGCAUUUAGGUCAGGUACAUAUGGUCUAUUAGGUAGUUGUAUUAUAGUGUACUCCUUUAAAUCAUUUUGUGAGACUAGAAAUAUUUAAUUCAAAUAAUUGAUUAAAAACAGCUUGACAGAGUUUUAAAACGUACGUGUUUGGCAGUUGUUUACAAGUACAUAUCAGAUUUUAACCAUUGUUGAUUGUAAAACAGACCAAAGCCUUCAUAUUUCAUCGAUUACACGACAAUUUUCUCUUUUUUAUUGUUAGUCUUGUGUUGCGAGAUUUUGUAAAACAAAGUAUUUUACAUUCUAGUACACCGGCUUCGAGUAUAUUUGACUGCGGCUUAAUCACGCGGCCCUUUAUUUAUGACCGACGACCAUGUGUGGUUUUAGAAAAGCUGUUGACAUUCUGCGUUUUCUUGUGUACCUAAAACAUCAACAUCUUGUAAUGGUUUUGUGGCGGGGAGACGCUCCGGAAAACAAAAGGUCUACCCCUGUCUUGCAGAUAUUUCAAUUUAACUUUAUUUAAAAGCUUUCUAAAUGUAUUUUGUGAGAACUAUUAAAACAAUUUUGUACAGUA